AAACAACUGUCAAACUGAAUUUUUGACAGUUUUGAAACUUGUUUUUUUGAGAUGGCAGAACCGACCCAAACGGAUUUAUUGGAAGCUGUGAAAGAGUCGCUGCACAAGGAUGGCCGUUUGGAGAAGUUUAAAGCCGAAUUAAGGGCUGCCGUAAUGUCAAUCUUGAACAAGAAUUCCACGGACGAGGAGCCCCCGAAAGUGCCUGAUGAGACAAGAUUCAUUAAUGAAUUGAUUAGGGAGUAUUUGUCGUGGAACGGUUAUUUGUAUACUGAGCAAAUUCUUGCAGCAGAAUGUGGACAAAAUAUGGAACGUUUGAGUCGUGAUGUCUUAACGACGAAAUUAGGAGUGAUGGAUGAUUCAAGGACUGCGAAAAUUCCGUUAUUGUAUUACAUAGUGUCAGCGUUCCAGAAUCAUGAAACAAACGACGAAACUUAACUUGUAUUAAAAAAAAUAACUACAAAAUCAAUCACUUUCAGUGUUUGUG